AUGGAACCACUUUUUAUUGAACGGCCAAUUUAUGAAGAAGGGGAGGCUUUAGAAUGUGGGAAACAUGAUGUUGAUGUUUCUAGAUUUGGACCAGACAGUGAUCAAGAAUUGGAUGAUAUUGUCACUGGGUUAGAUGCGGUAGAGUGUAAUAUAACUGAAGGUCAAGAGUUCCCCAAUUUUGAAGAUGCAUUUGAGCAUUAUGUGCGGUAUGCAAAAGUUCAUGGGUUUGCUGUUAGGAAACAACGUACUUUUAAUCGGGACUGGGAUGAUAGAGGUGUAUAUAGGAAGGACUUUGUAUGUUUCAAAGCUUGCAGUAGACAGAAGAAGGUAAAUGCUAAUGGGGAUAAUCUUCAUCCAACUAAUGAAAGAACACACAAUGAUGAUGAUAAUAUAGGUGGUAGUAAUGGUAAUGAUGCUUUGGGGAAUCUAGUCAAUGAAAAUAAUGGUUCUGAAAAUCUUCAAAACUACUUGCAGAAGCAUAAGAGUAGCAAACGGACAUCUAAGAGAUGCAAUUGUCCUGCAUACAUGAGUGUGAAAGAGGUAAAAGAUGAAAAAGAACUCAAUGUUGGUGUUGGUGGACUUCCUUUUAACUCAAGGGUUGCUUAUAAUUUUUUGCGGGUUGCCAAAACUAUCAAGAAGAAGAAUGAUGCGGAUAGACUUGUACUUAUUUGUAAGAAGUUGAAGGAAACAGACAAUGACUUUCAGUAUGAAUAUGUGAUCAAUGAUGAUAACCGAUUGAAGCAUAUUGCUUGGUCACAUUCAGCAUCUCUAUAUGGGUAUCAACAUUAUGGAGAUGUCGUAGUGUUUGACACGACGUACAGGUUGAACAUAUACAAAAUGCUGCAAAUGAGACAACUGAGUCCUUUCAAUGGGCAUUUAAGGUUUUUUAUAAAUUUUAUGGGUGAAAAAGCUCCUCAAACCAUCAUCACUGAUCAAGAUCGUGCCAUUCGGGAUGCCAUUCAAAUUGUGUUGCCUAGCACAAAGCAUGUUUUGUGUAUGUGGCACUUAGGUAAGAAAAUCCCAAGUUGGGUGGGUCUGAGGUUGGGUGCAAAGUUGAAUGAGUUUCAUGAUGUCUUCCACAAAUUGAAUGAAUUAGAAAUUGUUGAGGAAUUUGAAAUUCAAUGGACUUGCAUGCUUGAGAACUACAGUUUGAGUUCGAAUAAGAGAAUGGAGAAGGUGUAUAAAAAUCGUAAACAGUGGGCCAAGCCAUAUUUGAAAGCCUAUUUUUUUGCUGGGAUGAGGACAUCUAAUCGAUGUGAAUCAAUGAACGUUGCUAUUAAGAAGUAUGUUAAAUCCCAAACAUUGUUACAAGACUUUAUUGGACAGAUUGGUAGAGCUGUUGAAUUGCUGGACCAAGCAGGAGAACAUAAAACAAUUCAACAGAAGGUUAACAACAUCAAUUUCUUAACCAAAGCUCCAAUUGAAAAUCAAGCAGGCAAAACCUUGACUCCCAAUUGUUUCGAAAUUCCAGAUCAAUAUCUUCCACACCAGUGGCGGCGUGAAUCGUGUGUAGCACUACCCCCUGUUCGAAUUGGACCGGAAGGCCGACGUGAGAGGAUAGAUGUAUUACGGUUAGCCACAACAAAACUAAUUAAAGUGGCUUAUAUGACCAAAGAUCGAUUCAAUGUUGCCAUUGAAUACAUCAAUGAAAAUAUUACUAAGUUGAAGGGAAUGGCGUGUGCAACCAAUGUAGAGCCUGUGGAUGAUUAUGAAUUCCAUCCAACAGUGAGUGGACGAGAUGGUUUGAAUGAAGAAGUUGGAAUUGACAACGAACAUAAAUAUGUUGAUAACCCACUUGAUUGUCUAACUAAGGGAAGACUGAAAGAUAAAAGGGAUAGGUCAUGGUUUGAAAAGUCACAAAUGAAGCCCAAAAAGAAUUUAGAGAAAAAACAGCAGACAUGUGGAUAUUGUGGAGUGAGAGGUCACAAUCAGAAGGCUUGUGCAUUGAAGCUCAGCCAAAGUCAAACCAUAGAGACUAUGAAUGAGGAACUCUCAGAGUCUGUUGUUUGA